CAAACAUCAAAAUAAAUCAUACGCAACUCCACUUUUUCUUGCACGACCCUUUUUUCUCUCUUUCUUUCUUUCUUUUUUAUUUAAAAAACAAAAAAAUAAUCUUCUCAUUAUGAACUCUACGAGUGAAAGUAAUCCUCUAGGCCUUGAAGCAGACUCACAUGGUUCACUUUAUAAACUUAUUGGUGUUACGCUUGCCAUCACUAGUGGUAUCUUUAUUGGCAGUAGUUUCGUAUUCAAAAAGAAAGGUUUAUUAGAAUCAAAUGAAAAGUCAGGUCGCGAUGCAGGUGAUGAUUAUGGCUAUUUAAAAUCGCCUAUGUGGUGGAGUGGGAUGAUCUUGAUGGUGGUGGGUGAGGCAUGUAAUUUUGUUGCCUAUGCAUUUACACAAGCUAUUCUGGUCACACCGUUAGGUGCUAUUAGUGUUGUAUUAAGUGCUGUAUUGUCCUCCAUCUUUUUGAAGGAAAGGUUAUCAUUUCAGGGAAAAGUAGGGUGUUUGCAAUGUGUGCUAGGUGCAGUUAUUAUUGUCAUGCAUGCUCCAGAACAAGGUGCAGCAGACAAUUCAAUUGAUACCUUUAAAUCCCUGAUGCUUUCUGUCGGCUUUCUGGUUUAUGCCUUUAUUGCGGUUGCUCUCUCGUUAUUCUUGGUGUUUUAUUGUGGACCUCGUUGGGGAAAAACAAACAUGUUGGUCUAUAUUAGUAUUUGCUCACUUAUUGGCUCAUUGUCAGUGGUGUUUACACAGGGUAUUGGUGGUGCCAUUGUCCACUCAUUCGCAGUAGCAAACCAGUUCACCAAUUGGUUUACUUAUCUGGUCUUGAUCCUCACCCUUGUCACGCUGGCUAUCGAAAUCAUUUAUCUCAACAAAGCACUCAAUAUCUUCAACACAGCUGUCGUCACACCCACCUAUUACGUGCUCUUUACAACACUCACUAUUGUCAGUUCAAUUGUGUUUUAUCGUGGUUUUGAUGCAUCACCUGUGAAUGUGGUGACUUGUGUUUUUGGAUUCUUUAUUAUCUGUUCUGGUGUGGCCUUAUUACAACAUUCUCGCAGUGAGAAAUCAGAGUUAUUGGACGAUGCAUCUCAUCAGGAACAUUUGUUGCCAGUCUAUGGAAGUGAAAAGUUUAUGUCUUCAGAGGAAGAUCUAAACCAUGUUGAAAAUAUUGGCUCAUCCAAUGAUCACACACAACAUACGAACGAUGGUUCUCUAUGGCGUCGAUCAAGAGGUUCUAUAGACUAUCGAGAAGAUAUCAGUAUGGAUGUUAUGAAUAACAAGCGUGAAAAAUCACCACAUAACUCAGAAUCAGUGCAAAGUGAUGAUAGAAGAGAAUGGCAGGAUGACCAUUUACUAUAGAGAACAAGUUUUCUUUUUUUUUUGUUUCUUUCUUUUUGUAAAUUAAUUUUCACCGUACAUAGCCCAAUAAAAGAUAUAUAUAUAUAUAUAUAUAGAUAUAUAUAUAUAAGUGCCGUUUUA